AUGGAUAGCAUGCUGCACCAACAGAUUGCCCAGUACCCCGGUGCAGGGCCGGCACAAUCCGACGUGUUUAUCGACGCUACAGGAAAGCCCAUGAAGUUUUAUCUCUACCCGCCUCUUGACAGAAACCAGCAGCUGGUCAAUCUUAUCGAAAAUAACGGCGGCCAUGUGGUUGCCGGCGUCAGCAAGGACACCGUGAUAUUGUCAUCGGAAGAAUUCCUCAUGAGCGAGGAUCUCAAGCGAUUCCACGUUUACAGAUACGAAUUUGUGCAAAAAUCGAUUACUCACGGCAUCCAGAAUUUGUCAGAUUACGAAAUCAACAACCCGGCGGAGCCCUCAGCGCCCAGUCCAUUGACCAAUAUCAGCAGUCCUGCCACAAUGAGAUACUUCACUCAGGAGGAGGACAACGUGUUGUUUGAGGAAAUCAGAAAACGGCCGUGGAUGGGCUACAAGGGCCACCAAAUCUACAAGGAUAUUGCCGAGUUGGACUUCUUCAAGGAAAGAAACCGUAGUGCUGCGUCCUUGAGAGAGCGGAUCCGUACGCUGAAAUACGACAUUGAGUAUGUUUACAAGGCUGGACCGAACAAGGAGCUGCUGAGAGACGCCAAUGGUAAUUAUAUUCGUGACUACGAUAUCAAGAAGAAAACCACCAAUUUUUCGGCUUGGGAGGAUUUCGAGAUGUGCAGGACUAUCUACAUGAAGCUAAGACCGACGACAGACGAAAAGGGCUUUGAGAUUAUCAAUUUUCCGACCGGAUUCUUCGACAAUUACGCCAGUUCUCACCCUAGACAUACCUCCGAGUCCUGGAGACAGAGAUACAAAAACUUUUUGAGUCUUUUUGGUAUUGCCAACUAUCUCAAGUACUGUAUUAUGCAGAUAAGACAGGACAAGGAGCCCCAGCCAGCAAAUUCUGCGAACAAGGACUGGCUGAACGCGAGAAAACACCUGAAAAGGGCUUCUGGUCCAAAGUUAUAUUUCCCCAACAUACCCGAAGGAAAUGAGUUUUUGGACGCCAACCUGGAGACAAUGGAGGCGUCGGACCUUGUGGAGCCGGAAUUUGUGCCCACUCCGCGGCCAGAAAACCAGUUUUUGCGCCCUACGCCGCAGGAGCAGAUUGAGCAGUCGAUCGCCAUGGCAGCGCAGCAGGCCAGCCAGGAUCUGGUCACGGCAUUCAAGAACUUUAGGCAAGAGGAGCCGGACGGGCCUCCGGCUAAAAGAACGAAACGCGACCAGCAGAGCAGCUCUGCAAACAUCGACCCGGCGAUCGAGGGCAUGCAGCAGCCUUUGGAGUUUGUCGACGAGCCUACGACGUACUUCUCGGAUCCACGCUUUGCGCUGUCGUUAAAGAACGAGGGUCCGCCGAUAGAUCUUGCCGACGUGCUCCCACGCAAAGAGUCGUUUUUAGAGCAGCUCGAAAAGACCCUUGAUCCGCAGGUCACAGUCACGACGAAAACGCUAUUUUCUCAAUUGGCAAGCCUGGGUAUCAAGGAGUACUACGUCAUCUUCCUCUUCCACAGAUGCAACUCCAGACGCAAUCUCGUUCUUGAUUGUAUCAGGAACUAUCUCGACACUGAAGGCAAAGAGCUGCUUGUUCAAAAACCCGGUGUCUGGUCCAACAAGGCAUUGGAUUGGUUGGGCAAAAACGACAGCCAUCUCAACUCGCUGCUGGAGUCGUACCACGGGGAACACGACUACAAGACGCAGCUAGAGAAUAUGCGCAAGAUAAAGCAGUGA